CUGGAUAGUCACAUGACACCUGCUUCUAGCUGUGUGAGUGACAGGUAUAUUCUCCAGUCACAGCCAGGGGCGGGCCAGGAAGUGCUGGAGGCAUAAUGCCUGGACUCUGUGGUCUCCAGUAAUGCCUUUUCUGAUCUGCAGUCUCUUCCUCUUCUAGUCAUGCCUGGGCUCUGUGGUCACCAGUAAUGCCUUUUUUGAUCUGCAGUCUCUUCCUCUUCUAGUCAUGCCUGGGCUCUGUGGUCACCAGUAAUAUCUUUUCUGAUCUGCAGUCUCCUCCUCUUCUAGUCAUGCCUGGGCUACCGGUGUUGCGCAUCUUGUACACUGGUAUCGCUGUGAGAUGUGUAGGGACAUUUCGCUCUUCCAUGGUUUUGGCCGAGGGAUUGAAGCAGAAAUGUGCUCAGCAGCAGCGACCAUAUUGUGCCAGUGACGGGAUACACAGUGAUGAGGUAGAGAGAGCGCGGCAGGCGGCUACACUGAGGAAAUCUCCCACCAUUUUCUCCAAGAUCAUCGACAGGUCUCUGCCAGCAGAUAUCAUCUAUGAGGAUGACAAGUGUUUAGCUUUCCGUGACGUCGCGCCGCAGGCUCCUGUCCAUUUUCUUGUCAUUCCCAAGACUCCAAUCACCAGAAUAAGUCAAGUCACAGCUGGAGAUACUGAGCUGCUGGGGCACCUCUUGGUCACUGCCAGCCGACUGGCGCAGGAGGAGGGUCUAUCCGACGGGUACAGAAUUGUGAUCAAUGACGGCCAGCAGGGGGCACAGUCCGUCUAUCACCUCCAUUUGCACGUGAUUGGUGGCCGGCAGAUGAAGUGGCCUCCGGGAUAGAUUCUGUGAGAGGUUCCUGGAGUCUCACAGCGGCCUCCAAAUCCCAGAGACCAUUAAUGUGAUCAUAAUAAACCUUCUGUAAUACGUCGCUGUAUAGAGGAGACAUCGUCACCUCCAACCAGUCACUGAAUAAAGACACGACCAUAAUAUCCA